AUGGAGAUCCUCCGACAGGAGUCCUCCAACCCCGGAAAAGCAAACGACAACAAGGAGACGCUGACAGCCGAAGCACAAUGGCGUCUGUUCAAGAGCCUGGAGAUCCUUCGCACAGCCCUGUUAAAUCGCCAAUUGCAGCGACGCUGGUCCCUCGAACAACAAUGCAUGAAGAAACUUCCCAUUCAACAUCGGAUUCGCCUGAUCAUGUUCCUUGAGCCAGUCCCGCCCUUUACUCGGUGGUCUGGCAAAGACGACGACUUGCAGCGGCUGAAGGACAGAGUUAAACAUCUGAAGGCGCGCAUUGAGAAGGGCAAAGAGCUCGCUGCAGAGAUCGAGAGAAGGAUGAAGAUCAAACGCAUCACAUACCCUCCCAACUUCUGCCAUACCUGCCUGUCAACCAAGGAGGUCCUGUGCACGAGAUGCGGACACAAGCUUCAUACACUCCCUUGA